AUGGCAUCAUCUAGUGAUAAUGAUGAUAGCAGCUCAAGUGAAAGUGACGAGGACUGUGUGUUUUAUGAUGCUAAUAGUAGCCUAUCGAACAAUGAAAUAGAAAUUAAUCCACUUCAAAGAGAACCUCGAUGGCGAGUAUCAUCGAAAGAUGAACUAUUGAAAAAACCUGAACAUUUUUGUACCAUUUCAUUCACUGACAAACAAUUGAAAGACAUUGAGAGACGUGAUAAACUUCAACGAUUGCGUGCUCAAGACAAUUUUAAUAGUCGAAAUAAUCAAAAUUUUAAAGUGAACUAUACACCAGAAUCGCCUUCAGUUGUAUCGUCAUCAAAAGUAGAAGAAUUAACAACGAAUGAAAAUUUAUCAUCCAAACUUGAUCUACUUAGAGAACAUAUUGAUAGUGAAGAAAUAAUAUGUGAAAGAAAGAACUCAGUAUCUGCAAUUUCCAAAGAAAUUUUAACAAAUUAUUCAACCAAACCCUGUGAAUUUUACCAACAGUAUUCAUUACCUGCAACAUCAGUACGUGGCACUGGCGGAUAUUAUUCAAACAAAAAAUCUAUAGCUGCAAGUAGUGAGCCAUGUAUAGUUGAUCUGAACAAAAUUGAUCACAUAACAAAAUUCGGUGAAUUAUAUCCAAAUAGUCAAAAAUUAAAUGAUGAUGAAAUCCUUCGACAACCAAUUGUACUCGAUCUUGAUAGUGGAAAAUAUAUUCCUUUAAGUGAUGCAAAUCCAAUGACGCAAAAAAUAAUAGAACGCACCAAUAGAGCUGGAAGUAUUAUAACAUUACGCCAUAAUUCAAUAUUAAAUAGUCGUAAUAAUUUAAGAAAGUCUUCAUUAGAGAAUAAUAAUACUUUAAGUAAAUCAGAUAUGAAUCUUACAAAUCAAAAACAUGCAACAGUUCAGGAUGAUGAAAUUGAAUCAACAUCAUCAGAAUCUUCAAGUACAAAAUCAAGUCGAACAACAGGUAUGUCAUUAUCGUCUGUUACUGAUAAGUCUUCGGUAUCUACUAUACAAUCACCAAUGUCUAUAAAAAAACAACUAAAAAAUAUAGUUAUAAAAAGAUUUUUACGCAAGAAAAAAAUUAAAAAAGACUUCGAUCCUAAUAAUUUACCUGAGAUUGACGAUGAAGACGAUGAUACUGAAAGAUUAUUGAUUAAUGAUGGUUCAAAUGGAGAUCUAAAAUAUAAAUCAUCAAGAUAUUUAAAAGAACAAACACAAUUUGAUAAAACACAAUUAUUACAAACUAUUGUUAAUGCUCAUAUUGGACCGAUUUGGUGUAUGAAAUUUUCACCUGAUGGUUAUCUACUAGCAACCGGUGGUCAAGAUAGUUUACUUAAAAUUUGGCUGUUAAAAUCAGCUCAACCUCAAUUUCAUGAUUUUUCUCAUCUAACGUCAAAUCUAUCUAAACAGCAAAAUGAUAUGUUAAGAAAUCGAUUUAAUGAAUUUCAUAAAAAUAUCUCAUCCGAAACGAUAACACCAACAACCAAUGCAAAACUUGGUCUUAAUGAAAUGCAAGUUCCACUAUAUGCAAAGCCAUUUUCUGAACUUAUUGGUCAUCAAGCACCAGUGCUUGAUGUUGCUUGGUCAAAAUCUUUGUUUCUUCUUUCAUCAUCAAUGGAUAAAACUGUUCGACUAUGGCAUAUCACUCGAUUAGAAUGCUUAUGCUAUUUUCUUCAUGUGGAUUUUGUUUCAGCGAUUGCAUUUCACCCACGUGACGAUCGAUAUUUCGUAUCAGCAAGUUUAGAUGGACAUAUACGUCUAUGGAAUAUACCUGAUAAGCGUGUGGUUCAUUGGACAUUAAUACCAUCUCAAGCAUCAUCUCAAAUAACUCCAGCUGAAGCUAAUUUAAUAACAGCUGUUCAUUUUUGUGAUGAUGGUCGUAAAGUAACUGCUGGAACAUUUGAUGGUCGAUUUUUAUUUUAUACUGAUUCAUUACAAUAUGAUACUGUAAUAAAUAUUAGUGAUAAAGAUGGUAGUCGAAGUAAUCGAUCGAGAAAACGACGAAAACCAUCGAAAAUAACAGGCAUUGAAUCGAUGAAUUCACACAAUUCAAAAGUAUUGAUUACAUCAAAUGAUUCUCGGAUACGUCUAUAUAAUAUUCGCACGAAAGAAAUUGAACGUAAGUAUCGUGGUUACUCAAAUACAUCAAGUCAAAUACGAGCAUCGUUUAGUUAUGAUGAUCGAUAUAUUAUCAGUGGUAGUGAAGAUUCUUGGUUUUAUAUAUGGAGAACAGAACCAAAUAAUAAUGGUAGCGAUUCACCAUUAAAUGCUAAAUUAACACGAAAACAACGACGUUAUUUCGAUCGUGCAUAUGAACGUAUUCGAGUUCAUAAUACAAUGGUCACAUCUGCAAUCUUUGCCCCGAAUCCACAUGUAAUAAUGAAUUAUCUAUAUUCAUCUUCUCCGUCAUCCCCUUUAAUCAACCGUUCUGUAAGUUCAACACCAACAACACCAUAUUUAGAUCAUAAUCGAGCCCGAGUAACUGGUGCAUGUGCUUCAUCGAAUUCAUCCGAAGCAUCAUUCGCAAUGAAUAAUACAGGAUCAAUUUAUAUGAUGGUUACAGCAGAUUCGAAAGGUCAAUUGAAACUGCUUGUUAAUCGUUAUCAUCGUUAA